CAUUCUGCGUGGAUAGAAUCUAGUCUUUUUAUAAAUAGGAGCACUGAUUAUCUUGUUUACUGAUGAAACGGUUCUCUGAUAUAUUUGCUAUUUUACCAUUUCCACUACGUGUAGAAUACAUCCAGGUUAUUGGCCUAGGGGCGAUGACAUCUAGCGACAAAUAUUUUACUUUGAAGAAGCUUGUUUUGUUUAAAUGCAAUAUGUAGCCUUUUUUCGUCUGUAGAGUGUGUGGUUUUAAAUGGAUGGCUGAAGGAGAUAAGUAUGUGGGUCGCAAGGUGGGGGGUACAGUAGCUAGGGCCUUGCUAUUGCUGCUGGGGGGCAGAGGAUCGUUCAGCUCACAUGACUGGGCUGUGACUGAGUUGGGUCUUGUGUGUGCAUCUGGAUCUGUGGUGAUGAGUGAGAGGGGAGUGACUACUCAGUGCUCUCUUUGUGGCGAGACAAUCCCUGGGUCAUCCUCUCUUCCAGCUUCUCUGAUCCAGGAGGAAAGUCUCUGGGCCAGGAUUUGGAGACCUUAGCUGGCUACCUCUUCUGGUCCUCAGUCAUCGGGACCUGGAAUGAGAAGAGGAUUCCACACCAGUAUAUACAGCGUGGAUGUCGGAUGGAGAUUGGAACCCAUAGAUCUGUAACUUUUGUAUCUGGAAACUAGUUGUUGGAAAUGACCUCGACUCUCUUUAGAAUGGUUUCUGUCUGAACGGGAUCUUUUUCUUGAAACUCAUUUUUGUCAGCGUGGAGGCAGGGUAUCAACAGAGUGAGAAUCGUGGGUGUUCACCAGCUCUGUGAGUGCUUGACAAACUUUUUCUCUUUACUCCUGUGGAUAUUGUUUUGGAAUCAAACUCGGAGGGCGUGACCAGGGUUUCAGGUCCGAACCCUCAUCCUACACCACUGGGUCACCUAUCCUCAGCAGGGAACUGGUAGACAGAAAGAGGUGGAUAUAGUGCGUUGGACCAACUUCACUGGUUGGAGAAGACAUUUUUUCCUUCUUACCUGUCCUGUACCUGGAUAGGACUUGAGAAACGAGAUGGGGGCUGCCUUCAAGAGGUUCUGUGCUCGGUUCUGUUGCUGCUGCUGCUUUAGCGAUGAUGAAAGUGAGGAGGAGAAGGAGCCUUUAAUCAGUCCUGACACUUUGGAGUACUUUGACCGCGAGGCGAAGAAGCGAAGGGAGCAGGAGCAGAACCUAUGGAGUGAGCCAGGCGACCCGAGCCACUCCGAGAGAGACGAUGACCGGAUCCUGUACAACCUCAUCCAGAACAGGAACCAGACACGCAGGGGCUCGCUGGCGCACCGGCGUCUGAGUGUGGACAUUGAGGGUAUGAGAGAUCUGCGUCGGGAGGUCAGAGACAAGUGGAAGAUGAUCCUGGAGAAUUUAGGAUUCAUGGCGGAGGCGGAGUCUCUGCUGACGGUGUCUGCCAGUGCUUCGUAUGACCGUAUGAAGAACGCCUCGGCGUCACGCACACUACUGCACACACUCCACUCUGAGACAUCCAUCUUUAACACCCGGGAGGCCCCACCUGAGAGAUACCUCUUCAUCCUGGAUCGUCUCAUAUACCUGGAUGCUGCUGAGGACUUCUUGGCGAAGGCUAGACGCUUCUACCCCAAGCGUGAUACUGAUGAUGAAGAUGAGGACAACCCAUUAGCAGUCAACCUGCCGUUGCUACUGGCCAGAGUGAACCGCACCAUGAACAGAGAAGGGAGCGAUGAUGAGGACAAGAGGCUGGAUGAGGAAGAUGGGAGCGGAAGAGAGGAGGACAACUUCUAGACGGAACAGGAGCUGCAAUGACCUCAAACAGUAGACAGGGGGCAAUAGUUAGUUGUUUAUGUUGCAGAGUUGGGAGUAUACAAGGACUAGGAUGUCUGAUUCUGAAUAUACUCUGUUGAAAAUACUCUCCCAAUUUACACUAACACUAGGGGCUCUAUUCAAUCUGUGUUGCUGAAGUGUUACAGAUUGUGCGAUAGAAAUGUUAACGUAAUUUCUGACUGAACAGACAUAUGCCAUGUUUACCUGCUAACACGGGAACAUUGCCUUCACAUUUCAAUCACGCUGUAACGCUGAACUUCCGCCAUACAAACUGAAUAGAGCCCGAGGUUUGAACAAAAAAUAUACAGCUUUCCUUUCACCUCAUCAGAACCAUGAUCCAAUAUGAUUCUGUUUCUCUGUUUAGGCAGACUUAGCUGGGUCUCAGGUAUAUUAGGGAGAGUUUGAGGUUAUCACCCUGCCAUUUUUUAAAAUCCAUCCAGACAGUGUUAGUUACCCAACUCCCUGGGUCUGUUCAUUAUUCGUCUCCGCCAGGGAACACAGUGGACACAGUUAAACACAGCACUGAAACCCGUAGGGCACAGCUGUCCUGUUCCACAUCAGCACUUUGUCUCAUGAUUAUCAGCACUUGUUUUAUCGAGUCACAAGACAGUCUUUUAAAACCAGUAGUUAAGAUUACCUUGGAAUAAAUGUGUGUUAAACCAAU